UGAAGUUUCUAAUAAGUCGCCUAGAUCCCUCUGCAGCCUUCAUCCUCCAAAGGUAUAAAAACUUAUCUCAUCCAAUCCUCAUCGCCACCUUCUAAAAGCCUCCAGCCACAGAGUAGUUCCCGAACAAAAGUAGUCCUGUUUUGUUUUUUCAUGUUCAACAAACAUGGCUUAUCCAACCUCUCAAUUCAAUUGUCAUAAAAGUCAGGUCCCCAACUUUAUCACGAGUCACAGGAAACCCAUUAUACUCUCCAUACAUUACCGAUAUGCGGGCUUCUUCCCUCACCUUAGCUUUUAGAAACCUCACUGUAUUACAAUUACUUUAUUUCCACCCCCCAUCUGCCUAUAAAUUGCAUAUCAUACUCAACCACUAGACCCUACAUUCCCAAUGCAGACGUUCGUUUCUUGAAAUUCUUUAAAAAACACUGCUCCAUGAAGAGUUCUUCUAAGAUACUAAGCGAGAUCAUACAGAAAUGGAUAACCAUGAAAAAGAAAGGCCAUUUUGCUGUCUACACUAAGGAAGGCAAGAGGUUUGUUGUUCCUAUAGACUAUUUGAAUCAUCCCAUUUUCAAAGUCCUACUUGAAAUGGCUGAAGAAGAGUUUGGGACCGCGGCUCAUGGACCUCUGCAAGUUCCUUGCGAAGAAGAAUUUUUGGAAUACAUUUUCACUCUGCUAAGCAAAAAGUCCAUCCCCGGAACUUGAAGAUGCGAUCUUCUCCAUGAAUAUAUAGUUGUGAGGGCAUUCUUUUAUCUUCUUUUCUCGCUCUCCUUCUUACAGUUCAAGUGCUCGUGCAUCCAUAGUUUUAUAGAGCUGGAUACUGAGUGAUUCCACACUCUUGUACAUUGAAAAUGAGUGCGAGGCAAUUAGUUCUUAAUAUAGUUCUGGGAGUCAACAAUUUAAUUAGUCCUUUUCGUUCUUUGUUUUCCCCUUAAUCGUUCUAAAAUUUGUGACUUAAACCUAACUUUUUAAUGCAGGUUGCACACAGUGAAUCAUCAGAA